UUCUUGGCAAGCAUGAAAACAACAGUUUGAGUGUCUUGCAGGACAGUUGAUAUGUUCCAGAGAAAAGCUGUUUGUUCUGCAAAGCUCAGAAGAAUCUGCAUUCUCUUGGAUUUUAAAUGAAUUUAAAAUGAAGGUAUUUUGAAAGUUAUCCUCCAAAAUGAAUAUUGAGAAGUCAGAUGAAAAAGCAAAGAAUGACUUGAAGUCUUCAUUACUUCUAAGUGAUGAAAAUGGGAAUAACUACGCAUGUGGAAAAGCUUCACCUUGCCCAAAGAACUGUGCCACCAUGAUGCAGACAGACCAACGUGUGGGGGCUGGGAUUGACUAUGAUACCAAUGCUGAAGAUGAGAGUGACUUCAAAAGUAUCCCCUUUAAAAAGCAAUGCACUGAAGCACUUGAUUUGCAGGAAGCUCCUGGUGAGUGUAACUGUCCGGGAGCUUUCCUGGGAGAUCCAGGUGCCAUGUGCAUGUCAAUGACUGACCAGACUUACGUGUGUACUUUGAACUGUGACCUGGCUGAAGCAUGUUUGCUGAAAGAUAACCUUGCCGUGGCAAACAUGCCGAAUCCAGGUGUUGAGCAGUUGGUGCCUUACAGUCGGACUGACUGGAACUGUGUGUUGCCCCUUGCUGCCUCAGAGCAGAAGGCACAGCCUGGGGUAAGCGAUGGGGUGCACUGCCACCUGGGCACUCUAGAUGCUCCUAGUAUGGGGGGAACAGCGGGAACAGAUCCAAGCCAGGACGUGUGCCUGAGGAAAACACUAGUAUCCUCUGGCAGUGAAUAUCCAAAAGAGCAAGUUGAUGCAAUUGGCCUAGAAAAAAUGCCUUAUUUUCCCCCUCUGCUAGAGGCUUCGCAAAGCUCAUGUGCCCAUUCAGAGCUUGAGGUGCUUCGUCCAAGCUCUGCAGGUGUCAAACACUAUCCAGAAACCACCAACUCUACUGAGAAAGGACCGCAGAAAAUGGAAAUAAAGUCUGCAAAACCAGCUGCUGGAUGUAUAGAUCCUCCCAGGAGGGACUUUUUAGCACCGUGUGUUAGUACUUGUGAAGAUGAGCAAAAGAAAUCCCCAGAGCAUACCCUUGAGCAUGAUAAAAUGGGCCAUUCUGCUGUGGAAACACUGAGGGGUAGACCUGUAAGCAAGGUAYCCCUCUUCCCAGUAGAUACUAUUGAUGGAAAACAAGUAUCGAAAAAAUCAAGUGAAUGUUUAACUAAAGAACAAAGUGUUCCUGGAAAUGCUGCUUCCGACGGUAGCAACAGCAGGUCUUUCAUGACCGAGAUACAAAUCUGCAGUAAACCAAAACCGCAGAGGACUGUUAAGCCUGAACUGAAAUGUGACACAACUUUUGUGGUCUUCAGCCCUGUGAUUGGCCAAAGUAGUUCGGCUCUACGUACUUCAACUCCUAAAGAGCAAUCAAAAGAUUCAACUUUUUUCAUUUCCACUAUGGAUGAACUURGGGACAAGCCUUCUAAGCCACUUUGCAAAGAAGUGCUUUUAGGAGAGCAUGAUAGGAAGCCUCUGUUUAAAACUAGUUCAGGUCAAAUAGCAGAAAAGGCAGUAGGCAGAUCUCCUCUUGUGUCCAAAAUAACCAAAGCAAAGAAAUCGGAGAUUGUUAGUUUUCCCAAACCUAAUUUCAAAAAUGUUAAGCCAAAGGUUAUGUCCAGACCUGUGCUACCCUCAAGAGAAAAUGUGUCAUUGAAAGGGUCCCCGCAAUCCCCCCAGCUGUCUGCUGCUCCAUCAUGUUCACCAUUUKCUUCCCCGAGGCAACUGUCCCCUUCCAUGAAAACGCUGAAAAAGAAAAUAGAUCUAGGGAAAGAUACGAAAGUGGAGCUGCCUGUGAAUAAGCCCCACAAGCUACAUCUUAGCAAACAUCUCUUCGCUAGCCAAGUUCUGCAUGCCGCAACCCAUUCCAGAAGCGCUUCCCACAAGGCUUCAAAGACACCUGCGUUAAAGCCCAAUCCGGAAGACCUCGGCAAAGCAAGCUCUUCCAACUCGGCAUGCUCCCUGCCUUCUGCUGCACUGGCGUGUGCAGAGAGCUCCAAAGGGGGAACCAAGGAGAAGAUGGAAAGUUCAGGGGCUUUAAUGCAGCCCUGUGCUCAAAGCCUCUGCCCAGCUGGAGCUGGGAAAGAGCAGCCCGACAACGUGGGAGCUCUGGAAGCGGAGUUGUUCCAAGAUCAAGCAAAGGAAACCUUUGACUUGCACUCUGUACCUGUGACGUCUUCUGUGAAAGCUGGGGCAGCAGAAGGGAAGAAUACAUCCAAGAAAGGCCCYGUGGCGCUGCGAAGCACGCCAGCCUCCAAGGUGAGAAUGGUGUCACCUGCCUUGAAGAGAGGAAAUGAGAAUAUCUGCACAGCUAAAGGACCUUCUCACAAAGCAGCUGUUCUAUCAAGCUCUGGUAUAGGAUCUUCUCCCAAAGAGAAGCCUGUCUCCAUGAGAAAUUCUGCAGCCUCUUGGGCUAGCUCUGCUAAACUGCUUCCUAAACCCAAGGUGCCUGUCAAAAGGCCGGUGCUGGAGAGAACCCACAGCGUCUYGUCAGUCAGUAGCACGCAGAGCGAGCAGAGCCGGCUCAGCAGUCACUCUACAAGCGCCACCAUAAUCAUCAAGAAUGGAGAAUGGUCUUCAAGAACAGCUUGUCAGAAUGGUACUCCUGGAUCUCUCCCUUUGAAAGCAUUGCCAAGGCCAAGAAUACACUCYCUGAAAACAUCUCCAAAAGGAGCCAAGACCAGGUCUGCUUCCCUGAACCAGUGCUUGCCAAAAUCAUCUGGGCCACUGCACUCRGCAAGGAAAGUCAAUGAGGCUAGAAGCAGUCAGCUGUUGGGUACUCCUGGGAGAAAUGGACCCCAAAGUCUAUCUUCUUUUGGUUCUGUUGACAAGGGUAAGCAGCGGAGUCCCAAGAACUCRUGCAUACAGACACAGACCUCCACGGAUGUGCAUGGGACAAAAUCAGCAGAGUUGACACAAUAUAAAACGAAAUGCGAGAACCAAAGUGGAAUCAUCCUGCAGCUGAAGAAAUUCCUGUCAAGCAGUAACCUGAAGUUCGAGGCAUUAACGGUUGUGAUCCAGCACCUCCAGUCCUUGARGGAUGACGCACUAAGGCAGCACAAGGAGCUAUCCCAAGAGCUGGUUAACCUCCGAGGAGAGCUGGUAACCACUUCAGCAGCUUGUGAGAAAUUGGAGAGAGACAGAAAUGAGCUGCAAGCUGCUUAUGAAGGAUUUGUGCAGAAGUUAAAUCAGCAGCACCACAAGGAUUUAGCUGAGCURGAGGAGAGGCUUAAACAGUUCUACACUGCAGAAUGUGAGAAACUCCAAAGCAUCUGCAUUGAAGAAGCUGAGAAAUACAAAGCACAGCUCCAAGAGCAGGUGGACAAUUUGAACGUCACGCAUGAAAACUUUAAGCUGGAACUUGAAAGCAGCCACUCGGAAAAAGUAGAGGAGCUAAAAAAGGAAUAUGAGUCGUCUUUUUCAGAGCUCAGGAACGCCCACGAGUGUGAAAGGAAGUCACUGCAGGAUUCCUUUAAGGAGAAGCAGGAGUUGCUGGAGAAAAAGAUUGAUGAAUUAAAAUGUGAAAAUUACUCUCUAAACGAGAAGUUGCGAUCAGAAGAGCAAAAACACAUAGCCAAAGAAAAAGCCYCUCUGAAAAACCCGCAGCUUAUGUAUCUGGAGCAGGAACUGGAAAGUUUGAAAGCCGUUCUGGAGAUCAAGAAUGAGAAACUACAUCAGCAGGAUAUAAAGCUAAUGAAGAUGGAAAAACUGGUGGAAAACAAUGCCAUCUUAAUGGAUAAACUGAAGAAGUUUCAGCAAGAAAAUGAAGAGUUAAAAGCUCGAAUGGACAAACACAUGGAACUUUCAAGGCAACUUUCUACCGAGCAAGCCGUUUUACAGGAGUCACUGGAAAAGGAAUCCAAAGUCAACAAACGCCUGUCAAUGGAGAAUGAAGAGCUCCUGUGGAAACUGCACAAUGGUGAUCUAUGCAGCCCCAGAAAACUGUCACCCAGUUCCCCAUCGGUGCCUCUCCAGUCGCCACGAAACUCCGGGAACUUCUCUAGUCCUGCAGUAUCCCCAAGAUGACAUCUCCUGAGAUGAGCAGGCAACUGCAUUUCACUUGCGAUCUGCAGAACUGAUCCUAACUGUAAUCCCAGGACCGAGAGCUAUAUUAGCUGAUCUGAUGACUAAAUGUAACUGGAAACUACUUGGUGCAGAAACAGCGAUGAAAGAUGGACUGUGGGAGUAAGAUGCUUGUGUUGCUCCUCCCUAAGACUUAACUAUGACCUCUAUGGACACUGUUGCACAAAGCACUUAUGGAGCAAGGAAAGUCUUGUUCAUUGCCUUUCACCUAACUAUAAGGAGAAGCUCAGGGGCUUAGCGAUGAAGAUCACAACAUUUAUAAUAUGUUCCUUAUCACAGACACUUUUAUAAGGCUGUGUGUAUGCGUGUGUGCUGUGAAUGGAAUGGAUGUAACACACUGUGUGUGUGUGUGUGUGUGUCUAAUGCUGCCUUCUUUGCUGUGUAUGUAAUAAAGGACAAAAGCUGAAGACUCUACAUUGACACGUCCUUCCUUAAUAACCUUGUCAGUAUGCAUGCUUCUAGCAGAGUGCACGAGGAGCUGCCCUUAGUGCUGCAGGGCACUUGCCUUGUCUUUCUGCUCUCAGUGCCGUACAAGAAUGGCAUGAAAAGCUUUGUCCGUUGACUUGCUAGUAGCCUACUUUAGUAUGCAAUUUUAAAUGACUUUUAAAAACCAAACUAUUGCAGCCAUAUUGUGCAUGGAUUACUUGUCUAAUAUCCAUACACAACUAUCAGCUCUUAUGAGACUCUUUUGUGGGACACAGUUGAUGAUGUCUGUUCAGUCAGCAGUUCAUAGAAUUAGAACCAGGGCUGCCUUGGAGGCCAGACCUUGCAGUGUGUAUUGGUCUGGUUACAGGUGUAGAUGCCCAGACCUAGCCUUUUACCUGCUGAAAGGAAUCUCCUUUUCCAGGGACAGGGCCUCCCCUGCAGAGGCUGUCUGCUGAGGGAACGCUGUGCGAGUUGGAAAGCCAAAAAGGGAGAAGAGGUAGUAAUUGUCCUUAUGUGUGUUCUGAGGUGUCACAAAAGAUCUUACAUAAUUUGUGAAUACAGCUUCAUUAGCUGGUGAAAACCUUUUACUCUUCAAAUAUUUGUAUUUUUAUUAGCAUUGAUCAAGAUUGGCUAAAUCCCUCUGAACAAUAAGAUGGGUGCAGAGAACUUACCRCUUUUUGCCAUGUUUUUUCCCAUUGACUGCAGAAGAUCAAUCUUUUGCCGUUCAUCAAAAGAUCCUGUAAAUUAUUAAAAAGGACAAAAAAGCUGUCCCCACUGUUUAAGCUGGAGGAUAAGCAUGUCAGCAUUUCAUGGGAAGUUUUAUGCUCUGCUUCCAGUUUAAAUAAGGUAAUUGCAAAGACUCGACACUCCCUUGAUCAGAUCUGAGAUCUCUGUGUGGUAUCUACUAAACACAGGAUCAACUUCCAAGUGCUAUUGCAAAGCUCCAUCAAUGCUGACAGUAGCUUGACUUUUAAAGUACCAUGAAACAAUUUUCCUGACCACAGCUCUACUACUGUUUAGCUAAUGCUGUUACUUAGCUAUACAGUUAACUGCUUUGCAACAUAGUAUCUUCCCUGUCCUUCCAUGUGUUUUCCACUAGCUUGAGAGCCUUGAGUUAAUGGAAUGGAAAAAAAUUAGGGAACUGACCUGGACAAGCCCUUCAAACCAUCUUAUUCAAGACUUGAAAAAUCUUGGCACUUCACUGAGGAAACAGAUGUACAGACAGGACUCUUAACAGUACUUGUUCUGUAAGUAAACUUGUAAUAUACUUAAAUGCAACUAUUUAAUCAUUAAAUUUACUUAAUUUUUACAU